AUGCUGCAUGAAGCCACAGCCGACAUAAAAACCCACGUGGCCACCGAAAUCAAUAAGCAACUGUCGGGCCUCAAAGCUGACAUGGCUGCACUGUCCUCCAGAGCAAACCAGUCAGAGACCCAACUCUCCACACUCACGGCGACUACCACAGCCCAUACCCAGGACAUUUACCUACACGGCUGUAUGUCCGUCCUUGUAGACGGCCUUGAAGAUCUCAAUAACAGAUCGAGGAUAAACAUCAUCCGCAUAUUUGCACCUACCCGAAUCCAUCUCGCCUGA